AUGGGCCGCUGGGACGCCGAGCUGAUCCCGCUGCUGCCGUCCUCGGUGCGGAUCAUGGCCUCUGCCGGGGCCGGAUACGACUGGGCGGACGUGGACAUCUUCGCACAGCACGGGAUCGUCUACUGCAACGGCGCCGCCGCAUCAUCCGAAUCCGUCGCCGACAUGACCCUCUUCCUCAUCCUCGCCGUCUUCCGCAACCUAGCCUGGUCGCACCAGGCCGCGCACUCGCAGAACCCGCAGGCCUUCGCCGACGCACACAAGCACUCUCCACUGACGGCGCGCAACCCGCGCAACCACACGCUCGGAAUCAUCGGGCUGGGCCAGAUCGGGUUCACGAUCGCGCGCAAGGCCUCCGCCGCCUUCGGCAUGCAGAUCCUGUACCACGAUCUCGUCCGCAAGAGCCCGGAGCAGGAGGCUGCCGUCGGCGCGCGAUACUUCCCUGACUUGGCGGGCAUGCUGGCCGCGUCCGACUGUGUGGUGGUCGCGACGCCGUUCGCGGGCCAGACGCUCCUCACGGCGGACCGGCUGCGCCAGUUCAAGCGCGGGGCGCGGCUGAUCAACAUUGCGCGCGGGUCGCUGGUCGACGAGGAGGCGCUGGUGCAGGCGCUCGAUGAGGGGUGGGUGUCGGCCGCGGGGCUUGAUGUGCAUGCGGCCGAGCCGUAUGUCCAUCCGCGGCUGGCGAGGCAUGCCCGGGUGAUGAUGAUGUCGCAUAAUGCGGGGGGCACUGUGGACACGCAUAUCGGGUUUGAGCGGCUGGCAAUGGAAAAUAUCGAGGGGUUUUUGCUGAGGGGGAAGGCGUUGACGCCGUCAGUGCAAACCCUCAGCCAACAGCUGCACGAUGUCUUCGCAACCACCGGCUUCGCCUAUCUCGUUAAUCCUUCGUUGAGCUUCAGCCCAAAUGAAGUCUUCGCCAUAACCCGCGAGUUCUUCCUCCUCCCAGAGAAACAGAAGAUGAAACUAGCCAAACGGUCCUUCCAGCCGGAAAACAAAAAUACAUACCGGGGAUACUUCCCAACACAACCCUCCAAGAACGCCGACAACCUGAAAGAGGGCUUCGAAAUUGGACCUCCCCACUCACCCUCCCCUAGAAGGCCCCAACCCCAGUCACCAUCAAAAAUCAUCCUCUCUGAGCCGAAUGUCUGGCCGGACGUCUUCCCAGCCCGCGAGAGUCUGGAAAAUCUCCACCGCGAACUCCAAACCCUCGCAUCGACUCUCCUGUCCCUCCUUGCCCUGUCUCUGGACAAACCAGCAGAUUUCUUCGCAUCAUAUUUAACCAACUCGCUCAGCACACUGCGUCUCCUGCAUUAUCCCAUCGUCCAUGAUAGCGCAGACACCACUGAUAGUGAUGAUGGCGAGAGCACAGUCCAGCUGAGUUGCACACCCCACACAGACAGCGGAAUCCUUACCCUCCUCCAUCAAGACGCGACAGGCGGGCUGGAAGUGCGUGAUGGCUCAGGUCGGUGGGUGGCAGCGCCGUAUAUCCCCGGCUCGAUUGUGGUGAAUAUCGGGGACUUGAUGGCGCGGGUAUCCGGGGGACGGUUUGUGGCGACGAUGCAUCGGGUGCGGAAGCCGAGGGAGAGGGUGAGUGAUGAUGGGUUGGGUCGACUGAGUGUGCCGUUUUUCUUUGAGCCUGGGGAGGAGUGUGUCGUGCGGGCUGUGGAUGGAGAUGACGAGGGUGUGGUGUAUGGGGAGCAUGUACGGGCGAAGAUGAGCACUUGGGUGGAGUUUAUGGAUGCAGAGGGUGCGUGA